GGGAGGCGGCGCCGCCGGGCCGGACUCCCGAGAAUGCCCUCUGGGGGCGCCGCGUGGGGUGGGGCAGCCGGGCCCUGCAACUAGAGCUGUUGCCCCUGGUUAAAAAUACCCCCUGUCCUGUCCUCUCCCUCCCCAUCCCCCGCGGUGCCCUUCCGUCCGGGCCCCAGCCCUCCCCACCCCGACUGGCGCUGGCCCCUCCCCGGGGACAACUCUGCCUUUUACUAAUUUGUCCUCUCGCGCAGUUGGCCCGGCGUCUGCGGAGGGAGGGGCGGGGAGACACCGUGAGUUAGAGAGACAGUCUGAGGAGGUGCCCGAGAGAUAAGGGAGGGCAGAGAGGCAGCGGGGCUGGAGCCCGAGGAGGAGGAAGAGAAGGGGCAGAAGGAGGGAGGGAGGGAGGAGGGCGGAGGGGCCGCGGGAGGAGGGCGGGGAGGAGCGCUCUUCCUGGUUGGGCCCUGUCCUCAGCUGCCACCGGGGAAGCCAGCCGCAGGGACCGCAGCGACCGCAGCGACCCCCCGAACACUCCUCCCCCAGGAUGACUGAGGAGGUCAUCACUCCGGUGUACUGCACCGGGGUGUCUGCACAAGUGCAAAAGCAGCGGGCCAAGGAGCUGGGCCUGGGCCGCCAUGAAAACGCCAUCAAGUACCUGGGCCAGGAUUAUGAUCAGCUGCGGGUUCACUGCCUGCAGAGUGGGGCCCUCUUCCGUGAUGAGGCUUUCCCCCCAGUGCCCCAGAGCCUGGGCUUCAAGGACCUGGGCCCUAACUCCUCCAAAACCUAUGGCAUCAAGUGGAAGCGUCCCACGGAGCUGUUCUCAAACCCCCAGUUCAUCGUGGAUGGAGCCACCCGCACAGACAUCUGCCAGGGAGCACUGGGGGACUGUUGGCUCCUGGCGGCCAUCGCCUCCCUUACCCUCAAUGACACCCUCCUGCACCGAGUAGUUCCACAUGGCCAAAGCUUCCAGGAUGGCUAUGUCGGCAUCUUCCAUUUCCAGCUGUGGCAGUUUGGGGAGUGGGUGGACGUGGUGGUGGAUGACCUGCUGCCCACCAAGGACGGGAAGCUGGUGUUCGUGCACUCUGCCCAAGGUAACGAGUUCUGGAGUGCUCUGCUGGAGAAGGCCUAUGCCAAGGUGAAUGGCAGCUACGAGGCCCUUUCAGGAGGCAGCACCUCCGAGGGCUUUGAGGACUUCACAGGUGGGGUCACUGAAUGGUACGAGCUGCGGAAGGCACCCAGCGACCUCUACAGCAUCAUCCUCAAGGCGCUGGAGCGAGGCUCCCUGCUGGGCUGCUCCAUUGAUAUCUCCAGCAUUCUGGAUAUGGAGGCUGUCACCUUCAAAAAGCUAGUGAAGGGCCAUGCCUACUCUGUGACCGGGGCCAAGCAGGUGAACUACCAGGGCCAGAUGGUGAACCUGAUCCGGAUGCGGAACCCCUGGGGCGAGGUGGAGUGGACAGGAGCCUGGAGUGACGGCUCCCCGGAGUGGAACAACGUAGACCCUUAUGUUCGGGAGCAGCUCCGGGUCAAGAUGGAGGAUGGGGAGUUCUGGAUGUCCUUCCGAGACUUCAUGCGUGAGUUCACCCGCCUGGAGAUCUGCAACCUGACGCCCGACACGCUCAAGAGCCAGAGGUUCCGCAACUGGAACACCACCCUGUACGAGGGCACCUGGCGGCGGGGGAGCACCGCGGGGGGCUGCCGCAACUACCCAGCCACCUUCUGGGUGAACCCCCAGUUCAAGAUCCGGCUGGAGGAGACGGAUGACCCGGACGACGACGACGACUACAGGAGUCGGGAGUCAGGCUGCAGCUUCCUGCUCGCCCUCAUGCAGAAGCACCGCCGUAGGGAGCGCCGAUUUGGCCGCGACAUGGAGACCAUAGGCUUCGCUGUCUACGAGGUCCCUCCGGAGCUGAUGGGCAGGCCGGCCGUGCACCUGAAGCGGGACUUCUUCCUGGCCAACGCGUCUCGGGCCCGCUCUGAGCAGUUCAUCAACCUGCGGGAGGUCAGCACCCGCUUCCGCCUGCCACCCGGGGAGUAUGUGGUGGUGCCGUCCACCUUCGAGCCCAACAAGGAGGGCGACUUUGUGCUGCGUUUCUUCUCAGAGAAGAGUGCUGGGACCCAAGAGCUGGAUGACCAGAUCCAGGCCAAUCUCCCUGACGAGCAAGUACUCUCAGAAGAGGAGAUUGAUGAGAACUUCAAAUCCCUCUUCAGACAACUGGCAGGGGAGGACAUGGAGAUCAGCGUCAAGGAGCUGCAGACCAUCCUCAACAGGAUCAUCGGCAAACACAAAGACCUGCGGACCAAGGGCUUCAGCCUGGAGUCCUGCCGCAGCAUGGUGAACCUCAUGGACCGUGACGGCAACGGGAAGCUGGGCCUGGUGGAGUUCAACAUCCUGUGGAACCGCAUCCGGAAUUACCUGUCAAUUUUCCGGAAGUUUGACCUGGACAAGUCGGGCAGCAUGAGUGCCUACGAGAUGCGGAUGGCCAUCGAGUCUGCAGGCUUCAAGCUCAACAAGAAGCUGUACGAGCUCAUCAUCACCCGCUACUCGGAACCCGACCUGGCUGUGGACUUUGAUAACUUCGUGUGCUGCCUAGUGCGGCUGGAGACCAUGUUCCGGUUUUUCAAGACUCUGGACACGGAUCUGGAUGGAGUCGUGACCUUUGACUUGUUUAAGUGGUUACAGCUGACCAUGUUCGCAUGAGGGGCUCUUGCACGAGCCCCUUGCUGUGCUUCUCUGCCCUCCUCGUCUGCCGGGCCGUGCCUUCCCGCCACGCCACACCAGGCCCCGCCACACCAGGCCCCACCACACCAGGCCCCGCCAGCUGCAAGUGCCUUCCUUGGAGCAGGAGGCGGCCUCGUCCUCCUCGUCCUCCUCGUCCUCCUCGUCCUCACUUCCCGGCUGCCCCGGUUCCUUUGUUCUGGGCAGAGCUGCGUGGCCCUCCCUGCCUCCACUGGCCACGGGCUCAGAUGGACUCCCCCAGCCCCUCUGGUUGCCAAACUGGGAAGGCAGCUUUUGCUAGUUCCUGCCUCACAUGGGGCCCCAGGGGGAGCUGACGGCCCCAGGCCUCUGGACAUCCUGAUGUGUCCCCUCCCCUCCCUCCACAGGCCACCCAUUCCACCCCCAAGCCCACCACGCCCCAGCUGCAGCCUUUAAACUAUAACCACUAGCUCUGCACAGCCUGCUGUCUAGCCGUGCGGAGCGCUCUCCCAGCUGGGGCGUCCUCCGCAGGGCUGGGAAUGAAUGCCUGUUCCUUCCUGUGCCGAAGCCAGUGCCCCCCUCUGCCCCACAUUCCCCCCAGCCCUGUCCACACUUGCCGACCAGGAGCGGCCUGGCCUGCGGGGUGGUCAGGCCUUCCCUCCCUCCCUCCCUCCUUUUUUAUAUUGGUGAUUUUAAAGGGGCCUCUGUGGGGACUGAUGUACCACCUAUGGGGGUGCCAGAGGCACCUGGGCAUGGGGUGGGGCAGUCUCAUGUUUCCAUGCAGAGAAACCCCAAAUAAUAAAGGAAACGGCCCCAC